AUGAAACAUUUACCCGUGAAAAUGUAAUCGAGAAAAAUGAAGAAGUCAAGAAGAGAUGAGCGAUCUAGAACAGACACACACAGUGAGUGAAACAAACAAACAAACAAACCCAUCCCAAUAGCCGUUACCGAAAUUCUUCUUCGCAGUGAAGUUAAGUGGCGUUUAGUCCAAAGCGAGCAAUGGCGGAGUUACGCCAUUCAAGCUCAAUCGGUAACAGAGGAGUGACGGCGUCACCUAGGAAGCGUGAUGACGUCAUCACCUCAUCUCCUUUGGUUGCUGAUAACAGUAGUGCGAGUAACGUUGACGAUGAUGAUUAUCGGGGACGGUAUUAUCCUAGAGAUCGGUUUCGUUUGUUUGUAUCUUCCUAUUUUUUCAGUGAUGAAUUGAGGUCUCAUCCCAACAAGUCUAAGAUCUCGCUUUUUCUCCUUCUUCUUCUUCUUCUCGUGCUUUCACUAUCUUCUGUUGUUCAUCGAUUGAAUGCCCCAUAUUUGUGCAAAAAGGAUGGCAUAACUCUUCAGUGUCCACGGGUGAAAGAGACUCCUUCCUUGUGGGAGAAUCCUUAUUCAGCAACAACCUCAUGGAAGCCUUGUGCGGAGCGACGUGAGGGUUUGAUAUCAGAUAUUCCGCCUGAGAAUGCCACAAACGGUUAUAUAUUCAUACAUGCUGAGGGUGGUUUAAACCAGCAAAGGAUCGCUAUAUGCAAUGCUGUUGCAGUGGCCAAAAUUAUGAAUGCUACUCUUAUUUUGCCAGUAUUAAAGCAAGAUCAGAUAUGGAAAGAUCAAACGAAAUUUGAGGACAUAUUUGAUGUAGAUCAUUUUAUUAACUAUCUGAAGGAUGAUGUGCGAAUUGUUCGUGAUAUCCCAGAGUGGUUUACUGACAAAAAUGAGCUGUUCACAAGCAUAAGGCGUACAGUCAAGAACAUUCCCAAGUACGCUUCAGCAGAGUUCUACAUAGAUAAUGUUUUGCCUCGUGUCAAGGAGAAGAAGAUAAUGUCACUGAAACCUUUUGUCGAUCGGCUUGGGUACGAUAAUGUUCCUCCAGAGAUAAACAGGCUGAGGUGCAGAGUCAACUAUCAUGCUCUGAAGUUCCUUCCCGAGAUUGAGCAGAUGGCUGAUCAACUCGUUUCAAGGAUGAGAAACCGUACUGGUAGUUCAAAUCCUUUCAUGGCUCUUCACUUGAGGUUUGAGAAAGGAAUGGUGGGUCUAUCAUUCUGUGAUUUUGUUGGAACACGGUCAGAGAAAGCUCUCAUGGCGGCAUACAGAAAGAAAGAAUGGCCUCGGCGGUUUAAGGAUGGUUCCCAUUUGUGGGCAUUGGCUCUGCAAAAGCGUAAGGAAGGACGAUGCCCUCUUGAGCCUGGUGAAGUAGCCGUGCUGCUUCGGGCCAUGGGUUAUCCUAAAGAAACUCAAAUAUAUGUUGCUUCUGGACAGGUCUAUGGUGGACAAAACCGUAUGGCACCGCUGAGGAACAUGUUCCCAAAUCUGGUUACAAAAGAGGAACUAGCUACAAAACCAGAAUUGGAUGGCUUCAAGAAGCAUGUGACAAGCUUGGCAGCCCUAGACUUCCUAGUCUGCUUAAAAUCUGAUGUAUUUGUGAUGACACACGGAGGAAACUUUGCCAAACUGAUCAUAGGAAAUCGUAGGUACAUGGGUCAUCGUCUAAAAUCCAUUAAGCCGGACAAGGGUCUGAUGUCCAAAUCCCUAGGAGAUCCAUAUAUGGGAUGGGCUGGCUUUGUGGAAGAUGUUGUCCUAACCCACCAGACCAGAACUGGUUUACCUGAAGAAACAUUUCCAAAUUAUGAUCUUUGGGAGAAUCCUUUGACCAAUUGCAUGUGUAAAGCCUGAAUUGACAACCUUUACUGUGAAGAUAAGCCCUUUAAGUAGUGCAUCUUUCUAGAGUUGUGCACAGGGAACUGCGAAAUUUUCGCUGUUAACAGAGACAGAAUUACGACAAUUUACACAUGGUAUCCCAGAAUGAGGAGAAUGUUGUAGUGUCUGAGGGGAUAAGAGUAUUAACACAGGAGUUGCAGAAACUGGCUUUAGGAGUGGGCUCUCUAGCUGCUGCCCUGUAUUGACCACCUGUGUUAUUAUCUUCUUUCUUUGGGCGGGGACACCACUGCAGUUUUGUAUUCUGGAAUAUUAAUUUAUUCUCCAAUUGUUUCAUGAUAUAAUGUAUAUUAUUUGCAGUAAUAGAAAAAGGUUCUUUCAUUUCAUUUGAAUACAAACCAGAUUUCAUGCA